AUGGAGAUAGCUGCAAAGCUGAACUUGCUCCCAGCGGUACUGGUACGAAGCGCGUCGCUAGCGCUCUGGUGGGCUUACAUCUCUGCGCUUACACCCGACGUCGCCUGGCUAUCAUCCCACCACAAGCAUCCGUUGCCCGCUGCCUCCAGCUUCACUUGUUACGGUGGCGACACCGGUGCCUCACCACUACAAAGCAACGACAAACCAGAGAAGAAGCCCCGGGAGAAGUGGACGAUGGAGGAGACGCACAUGCUCAUCGCUGGAUGCAACAAGCUGCGUAGCCUCCCACGGACAGUCGCCAGUCAAUCUGAAAGACCGCAAUGCUACCCGAACGCCAUCACGCAUCUCUCAUCCAAGGUCCGCUACGCGCUCCCAGACGGCACCUCCAUCUUAGAGAAGAUGCGCAGCAAGAAGCGACGCCCCUUCACCGAGGAGGAGGACUGCGCCCUCAAGGCUGGCUACAACAAGCACGGCACUGCGUGGGCAACGAUCGUCAAGGACCCCAUCUUUCAGGCCCAGAACUGCAAAUGCACCAAUCUACGCGACCGCCUCCGCAACGCAUCCCCCGACUACUACCAAGCCGUGUGCUACAAGCCCCGGAACAUAACGAUUUACAAGGCUCGAUGGGCCCGAGUGGCGGAAGAGGCGGUGCAGAGACCAAGGUUCGUUUAG